CGGCCCCCGUGGUCCCCGCGCCCCCCGCGCCGCCGCCGGCCCGGGCCCGGGAGAGCGCCGAGCUGCCGCUACCCGCCGGCUGGGAGGAGGCGCGCGACUACGACGGCCGUGUCUUCUACAUCGACCACAACACGCGCCAGACGUCGUGGAUCGACCCCCGCGACCGGAUAACAAAGCCAUUGACCUUUGCCGAUUGUGUUGGGGACGAACUCCCUUUAGGAUGGGAAACUGUAUAUGAUAAACAAAUUGGAAUUUAUUACAUGGACCACAUAAAUAAGCUUACCCAGAUUGAGGAUCCCAGAGAACAGUGGAGGCGAGAGCAGGAGCGGAUGCUGAAGGAAUAUUUAAUUGUAGCCCAGGAGGCUCUCAAUGCCAAGAAAGAGAUCUACCAGAUUAAGCAGCAGCGGUUCGAGCUGGCUCAGGAGGAGUACCAGCAGUUGCACAAAAUGUGUGAGGACGAUAGCCGCUCGUAUGCCAGCUCCUUCUCUGGAUAUUCAACAAAUACAAAGUAUGAUCCACACCAAAUUAAAGCAGAAAUAGCAAGUCGUCGGGAUAGGCUUUCCAGAUUAAAACGAGAGCUGACCCAGAUGAAGCAAGAACUACAGUACAAAGAAAAGGGGGUGGAGACUCUGCAAGAGAUUGAUCGUAAGAUGUCAAGUGCCCAUACCAACUAUAAACUAGAUGAGGCACAGGCUAUAAUGAGCGAGCUCCGGAGCAUCAAGAAAGCCAUUUGUACAGGCGAGAAGGAGAGACGGGACCUGAUGCAAAGCCUGGCCAAGCUCACCGAUGGCUUCAAGAAUAGCUUUUCUCUUACUGACCCUCUGCAAGAGUUUCCUCACAAUCCAGGCGCGCUUGGCGAUUCUUUACCUCAACAGUUCUGCGAUGCCGGCUCUCAGACUGACAUCAUCGGAGAGUUUGUCUUUGAUGAUAAAACAAGACUUGUAGACCGAGUCAGGCUUAAUUGGCAGUAUGAGGAAGCCAGAAAGAGAGUCUCGAAUAUCCAGCAGCAGCUGGCCCAGCUUGAUACCGAGUCCUGGCCGGGCAUGGCUGAGGCCGACAGGGACCGGCUGCAGCUCAUCAAGGAGAAGGAAGCCCUGCUUCAGGAGCUGCAGCUCAUCGUUCAGCAGAGACGGCCGGCGGAAGACGUGGCCCGGCUGGAGGAGGAGCGGAGGCGCUUGGAGGAGGAGAUCCAGCGAGCGCGGGCCACGUCUGUGCAGGGCGCCACAGAAAGGAUUCUGCUUCAGGAAAAAAGAAAUUGUCUACUUAUGCAGCUGGAAGAAGCUACCCGCUUAACAUCCUAUCUCCAGUCCCAGUUAAAAAGCCUGUCUGCCAGCACCCUGACAGUAUCCUCGGGGAGCAGCCGCGGGUCCCUGGCCUCCAGCCGGGGCUCACUCGCCUCCAGCCGGGGUUCCUUGAGCUCGGUCAGCUUCACUGACAUCUACGGCCUACCACAGUACGAAAAACCCGACACCGAGUGCGGCCAGCUUUUGCGCUUUGACCUGAUUCCCUUCGACUCCCUGGGACGAGAUGCCACCUUCUCCGAUCCCCCAGGCCCCUCGGGCCUCCACAAGCAGAGGCGCUCCCUGGACACGCCCCAGUCCCUGGCAUCCUUGUCCUCUCGCUCUUCCUUGUCCUCUCUGUCUCCCCCGAGCUCACCCUUGGACACGCCCUUCCUCCCGGCCUCGCGCGACUCGCCCUUGGCCCAGUUGGGGGACAGUUUUGAGGUGUCAGGCCUGGGCACCCUAGACAGGCUGCGGGCUCAGGCCUCUGCUUUGGGGGAUGAAGACUCGCCGGGCACAGCAUCCCUUCAGCCACACGGAUUCUCCGGGGAUGGGGAAGGACUUCGAGAGCGAGGACCCCAAGUGGCUGCCAUUCCCACGGGCGCAACAGUGACUCUUCGAGAAGACAGCGCCAAGAGGUUGGAGAGGAGGGCGCGCCGUGUUUCUGCGUGCCUCUCAGAUUAUUCGCUGGCAAGUGACAGUGGCGUGUUUGAACCUCCACCCAAAAGGAGUGAAGAUGCUGAAGAGUCUGCACGCGGAGACGUUUGCGAUAAUGAAGGGCCCCAGAUUCACGUUGGAUUUUUGCACGACAGUGCCAGCGAAUGUCUCCUCGUGAACGUGCUCCAACUGAGGAACUUUGCCGGGCUGGUGGUGAAGGAAGACUGCAAAAUUCACAUCCGCGUCUAUUUGCCACCGCUCAACUCCGGCACGCCCAACACUUACUGCUCCAAGGCUCUGGAAUUCCAGGCCCCCCUGGUAUUUAACGAAGUUUUCAGAAUCCCUGUGCACUCAAGCAUGUCGACGUUGAAGUCACUGCAGUUAUACGUGUGUUCAGUGAACCAGCAGCUGCAGGAAGAACUGCUGGGCAUUGCUCAGAUUAACUUGGCCGACUGUGACGGUCCGAGCGAGCUGCAGCUGCGCUGGUACUCGGUCCAGGUGUUCACCAGCCCCGAGCCGCCCAGGGCCCGGGAGAGCGCGAGGGCCGGAGAAGGAUCCGCCUGGGACCCCGUGCGCGCUGCCCCCGGGAAGACGGACGCGGUGACAGUGCUGCUGGCCAGAACCACAGCGCAGCUGCAGGCAGUAGAGAGAGAGCUGGCCGAGGAGCAGGCGAAGCUGGAGAGCACCGAGGAGGGGGUCCUGGAGAUGGCGCGGAAGGAGGAACAGGCCGAGGCCGCUUCUGAGAGGAGUUGGCAAGCCGACUCGGUCGAUAGUGGCUGUAGCAGCUGCACCCAGACCAGCCCCCCACACCCAGAGCCCUGCUGCGUUGGUGUCGACUCCAUCCAUGGACACACCUUUGCUGGCCAGACAGAUCCUUACAGCCCCGGGAAACGUCAGCCCCCACCUCUUAAGGUUGAUAAGGAAACCAACACAGAAGAUCUCUUCCCAGAAGAAGUAGCAAGUCUUCCGAAGGAGAGGCCAAGCCGGAGGGCCCGCGGGUCGCCAUUCGUUCGGAGCAGCACAAUUGUCCGGUCGCAGACUUUCUCACCCGGAGCACGAAGCCAGUAUGUUUGCAGACUUUAUCGCAGUGACAGUGACAGUUCAACACUGCCCCGGAAGUCCCCAUUUGUCCGAAAUACUUUGGAAAGACGAACCCUUCGCUAUAAGCAGUCCUGUAGGUCCUCCGUGGCCGAGCUCAUGGCCCGCACCUCCCUGGACCUGGAGCUGGAUCUCCAGGCGUCACGAACGCGGCAGAGGCAGCUGAACGAGGAGAUCUGCACUCUUCGAGAACUGAGGCAGCGGUUAGAGGACGCCCAGCUCCGAGGCCAGACCGACCUCCCUCACUGGGUGCUGCGGGAUGAGCGAUUCCGGAGUCUGCUGAAGGAAGCAGAGAGGCAGACAAGACAGACCAAACUUGACUUCCAUCAAGAACAGGCAGCUGAGAAGAUGCUGAAGAAGGCCUCCAAAGGGGUCUGCCAGCUGCGCGGGCGGAACCACAAAGAGCCCAUCCAGGUGCAGGCCUUCAGGGAGAAGAUAGCAUUUUUUACAAGACCAAGGAUUAGCAUACCUCCUCUGCCCGCCGACGAUGUUUGAUGUCAUGCUUUGUACACAUGAAGUAUUUAUCUGCCUGUUUUAUUUUCAUGAAGUUCUUAGACUAGCUAAAUUUGUCUUUAAAAUAUUUGUGCAAAGCUAUUAAUAUACACAUUUUGUAAAAAAAAAAAACACACAUCUAUCUAUACAUAUCUAUUUUAUAAUAGUGACGGCAACAGGGCUUGGUUUUCCCUUGUUGUGAAAUUGACAUCUCUGAAGACAGGUUAUUUUAUAAAAGAUCAACUAUCAUGUUAAGAGUGUACAGUUUUUAUGCUGUUUUAUUUGACUAAAAGGCUGGAAGACAGAAACGAAGUGAGUUCAGGCAAAUUCACUGUAUUGUAAUUUAUUUAUAGUACUUUUUUCCUUGAAGGAAAAUACUGACUUUAAGAUGUAUUUUAAGACUGAAAUUUUCUUCUUCAGUAUUUGUCAUGCAGUAGAAUGGAACUUUGGGGCUGGUUUUGUUUCUGACACCCGAAAUGCAAACACUCUGUGCUAAAUUCGUCACUCAUAUCAGUUUCUCCUACAUGCAUUUAUCACGUAUAUUGUACACGUUCACACUCUUUGAGUCCCGUUGAGCUACCAUCUGCAGUGGUUUAGUCAUAGUUCACGUGCUGUGUGUGCAUCACAGAGGUCAGCCUCCCGUGUGGACCAUGCACUGAGCGUCUCUCAUUUCUGUGUUGUCUUAUCCUGCAUCUUUCUGUGCUCGCCAUGAGUCUGAAGCAGGCCAAAGAGCCCCUGGCCUCCUGGGCUUUCACCAGCCUGUCCAUGGUGACUGCCCACACUGCCCACCUUCACCAGACCACAGGUGGCCCCACCUUUGAGUCCGCGCCAUCUGAUCAUGACCUACAGGGAAGGUGGCAGUGGAACUCCUGCUCUCCUCCUCUGUCCUGAAGGAAGGUGGAAGAGGACCAGGAACGUGCAUUUGCAGCGAACCAGUGUGUCCGCUGAUGGAUAUAGCAGUACGACAUAGCCAUGAUAACCUUUGAAGGCGCUUUAUUGUCGAAGGAAGCAUAUGUGGGUAACUAGAAUUACCCUGCGAGUCACUUACAGGAGAGCAUUUGAUUUAAAUCAGAAUGCCCCUCCCAUACUGGCGUCUACCCAAUAUUAAGAAAUCUUAGAAGUAGUUCAUGAGAAAAAAAAUUUUAUGUAAUAAAAAUAUACCAUUAUUCUUUUAAAAUGCCAAAUGAUAUAAAUAUUUGCCUAAUACGUAUUUAUUAUAUAUGAAAUGCACUCUCCUUUAUGAAGCCUUGGAGAAGUAAAUGAGGUGGUCACACGAAAUAUAAAAGAAAACAACUCGCUCUUCUAGAUCUUUCUGCCCCUCCUUUGGAAAUUCCCCCCCUUUAAUCAGCAUCCCUCUUCUCAUUAGUCCAUAACCCUCCCCCUUGCAUAACCUGCCUUCCCUUUUACAUUUAUUCAAAAUGAAUUUUGUAGAAGCCUUUCAUUGACACGCGACCUGUCACAGACAAUGGAAUUUGUCAGUGGUGGUAAGACUGAAAACUUUAUGCUUUUGCACUGUUGUUAUCUCUUGCUAUGUAUUUCUGCUUCUAGUCUUGCUGUUGUUUUUGUAAUUUCUCUGUAUACAUACCCACAACAGAGGUGGAGACACACAAACACCGGUCCUUGCUGGAAACGCGCCGUGGCAGGCAGCAUGGCUGAGCCAUGGGGAUACUGGCAGGCCCUCUCUCUGCCACAGCUGUUGCAGCGUCACACUCCAAGGAAGCAGUGUCUGCAUUGGCCCGGGCUGUGCGGAGGGCGCAUGUCUCGUCUCAGGCGUACGGCCCGCAGCAGGUGGGAGAGGCCCCUGGACACAGUGUCUGGUGCUGCUUGUCAGCAGCUGCCGCCUGAUGCUCCCUGAAUGGGUUGCUGGCUUGAGGCAGCUCUUCUGCCAACCCCUGUUCAGUAGCGAUGUGGGGAGAACCCACUGUGCCAACACAGAAAGGCCUGAAAUGAGGGUUUGCAAAUAGAGUUCGCUGCCCAGUGUAUACAGAUUUCUGCUUGGAGUGCUCCCCGACCCCAGGGUUUACAAAAAUCGCCCCUUUGCCCCACCAGAAGCAAAUGCAGCCCCUGGACAGUGCAGCUCCAAGGAGCGCUUGUGUUGCCACCUUUCCAAUUUGCUUCUCCUGCCUCCCUGCAUGUGUCUGCUGUGGCCCCUGAACGGGACUGUAGUAAGCAAGGAAAGAAAAGCCAGACAAAUUACGGAGGCAGAGGUGAUGGCUUCUGUGCUGCUCGCCGUCCAUACCGGCAAGGGCACGGGGAUAGCGACAGAGGCCACCAAGCAGGCAGGAGGACACGAAACACCCUCAUUGGCCUCUCAUUCAUGACUUGGUUUUGCUGCUUCUGACUAGUUAAGACUGCCGCCCCCCGGAAAAUAUCCUACACGUCAGAAAAGUGAAGUCCUAUCGUCUUAAGGGGUGUUUCCAUCCUACAUUUUAAUUUGUCUGUAGCCGUGCCUUGUGAUGAGAAAACUCUGCCAUCUUUUGUCAGCAAUUUUAGUCCAGGGACGGUCCGAAAUCUGCCACCAGGGUUCUUUAGGAACAGUGCACCGAGUAAAAGGGAAUUUGGUCUUCACUUCAUCUGAUCACUGAAUUGUCACCGCCCAAAUGAGUAAGCUUCUGUUGUGGGAAUAAGUUAUAAUCAGUAUUCAUCUCUGUUUUUGUCACUUCUUCUCUCUGUCAUUUUUAUUGUUUGAAAGUAUUUCUUCUAUAAAAUUAAACUAACUUGCCUUAAGAACAGAA